CCACCACCGGAACCAUAGGUUAUCAAUAGAGAUUUCAAAGAACAUGGCGUUUAUUUUAUGGCACGUGAAGAUGAUUAUGCAGAUGCAGUCGAAUCAUGCAGUAACCAUUUAGGAUCCAUUGCUUCUUACGAGCAGUUGCACGACGCGUUUCAACCAAGUCUCGAGAACUGUAAAGAGGGCUGGCUUAUCAGUGGAGAGAUUGCGUUCACGGAAAUAACGGGCACAUGCACAUUAAGACCGCCUGAACACCGUAGCAAUGUGUUUCCUUGUAAAACAUAUCAGAGUGGGGUUUAUUGUCACAAGGAGUAUUAUCUUCCAGCAGAUACAUUCGACUAUUUACCAAAAACCCAACGGAUCAUUCGACUGACGGAUAGUAACUCGAAGAAGUUGAAUGCAGAAGAUGCUGAAAUAUGCUGCCGUACUAAAUUCAGUGGUCAUCUUGCAACACCUCUUGACGUUUAUAAUAAUAGUCUGUCACUAGGAGUUGGUCUUUGCGUGAAGGGAUGGCUCUCAGAGAUGUUGGCAGGGGAUCCAUGUAAUGAACAUAUGCCUCCUGACUUUUGGCUUUUUCCGACAGGUAAUACUAUUCGCUUCGAGCCACUGACGAACGAAUAUCCAGCAUUUUGCUUCGUUCCUUUAGCAAACCAGACUUUAACAUACAUUGACCCUUUCCCUCCUCAUCGUGUCAUGAAUGGAGAUGGGGAAAGGGUAUAUUCUUUAAACUACUACGAUGCUGAUAGUUUGUGCAAGAGUCGCGGCGGUAGAAUGGCAACGAGAGCUGAAGUACAAUACGCCUGGCAAUUAGGAUAUGACUGCUGCCGUUAUAGCUGGGUCGAAAGUGGAGAAGUAAUUUUCCCUACAACACAACCCAGAAAUGGAUGCGGUUGGUCAUCUGGAGUUCAAGGCGGUUAUGGUGUCCAUGAUAAGAACGAGUCUUAUUCAGUUUUUUGUUAUAUGCCGUAAAAAAUUCAAUUAUUAUUUGGAUAAUCCCUAUGCAGCUUUGUUUCACCUAUCGUAUGUUCUGAUAAGUCAUGUAAAAGCUCGCUGGGUGUAGGCUUACGGUCACUGAUUGAAAAAAUACCGACAGUAUUCGUAUUUUAGGCCCAUAAUAAAAGAAAUGUAUCUUUAGUUUUAUUGCAUAGGUUAUCAUGAUUGUCAUUCUCGAUGGAAUGUAUCAAAUUUGAUUAAUCGAGACCGAUUUUAAAUUAAGUCUUAACAGGAAACAGAAGAAUUAUUAAUUUUAAAAGAAUUAAGUAGGCCUAAUGUGAACUAUUUUUUAAUUUGCAGUGAUGCAUUGUCAUACGUUGUAUUAAUAUAGCUUUAUUUAGUGCAGUACUCUACAGAGACGUUCCGCAAACUAUUGUCCGCGGCCCAAAUUUGGGCCACGAAACAUAAUUGGAGGGCCGCGAAGCCUGGAAAUUAAAAAAAAAACAAAAAAACAUUGAGACCGUUUCAUCAUGAAGAAAAUAGUUUUUAAUAAAGCCGCUUCAUUGUUACAGCGAAUGCGUCGCUUGCACACGCUGAUAAAGUGCCAGAUGAUACGUGCUAUUUGAGUUAUAAACGGUUUUUGUGUCUAUGCCCCCUCGGGAUCCUAGACACUAUGUUAUCGUCUAGUAGGCCUAUUAACCCUGUAAGAUCGAGUAAAUCCGGUAUGAAGGAAUGACGGGAUGAAUCAUGAGCUAAAGACAAAAAUAAAUAUAAGACCUGUCCUAGAAAGAUCACUACAGUAUACAACACCACACAUUUCUUGAUAACCGAUGGCCAUAGGCGUGAAGUAAAAAGUUUGCGGAACGCUGCUCUACAGUAUUAGAUUUAGGCCUAUAUCGGCCUAUGUUUAUUCAAUUUGUAUGCCAUUUUGUCAUUUGUAUUAGACCUACCCGUACUCGCGCGAAUAAGCGCCCCGUUUGAAUAAGCGCCCUUCUCGAAUAAGCGCGAAUAACGUGAACAUUUCCCUAAGCGCCCCGUUUGAAUAAGCUACCCCUCUAAUUUGAAUAAGCGAUCCUUCAAUGAUAUCAUAAGAUUUUCUUUUUAGCAAGCCAAUAAUCCAUUAAAUUCUGGGACUGUGGUUGUUGGCAUGAUUGGAGCUGCAGAGUGGAAACACAUUCUUCUUAGGUGAAUAUUAAAAUGAGUAUAUUUCUCUUUCAGAUGAGAGCUCCGAUCCAUGGACAGGCAGUAUAUUAUUUCCAACUUUACUAUUUCUACAUUUGCCUAUGCCUCGUCCUACACCUCUUUUUCUUUUUCCGACCUUUAGCACAUUUUCAUCUGAGUUUUCAAGAAAAAAUAUGAUCCUGCCAUUCUGCACAAUGGCCAACAAGCUAUAGACCACUACCCACCACUAAUUGCAUCUGCUAUUUUGCUGUUAUGUAAAUAUUCAUGAGCCAUGUUCUCUGGACGAUUAUCUUUUCCGCCUAACCACCAUUCGUAAUGUCCUUUUCAUUGA